GCCCUCGUGGCGGUGCCCGUGGAGGACGCGGCGCUCCCCGGGGCGGUGCGAGGGGAGGUGCGAAGACCCUUGUUGAGAAGCAUCGUCACGAGGGAGUGUUCGUUGCCCGCGCCAAGGAGGACAUGUUGGUGACCCGCAACUUGACCCCCGGCGAGUCGGUCUACGGCGAGAAGCGCAUUGCUGUCGACUCUCCUGCAUCCGGCACGGACGAGAACGGCCAGCCCGUCGCAACCAAGAUUGAGUACCGUGUCUGGAACCCUUUCCGUUCCAAGAUCGCCGCCGGUAUCCUUGGUGGUCUGGACAACAUCUUCAUCAAGCCCGGAGCGAAGGUCCUGUACCUCGGUGCCGCCUCUGGUACUUCGGUCUCUCACGUUGCCGACAUCGUCGGUCCCACCGGACAGGUCUACGCCGUCGAGUUCUCGCACCGCUCAGGACGCGACCUGAUCAACAUGGCCAAGAAGCGGACGAACGUCAUCCCCAUCAUUGAGGAUGCCCGUCACCCCAUGAAGUACCGCAUGCUCGUUGGUAUGGUCGAUGUUGUUUUCGCCGAUGUGGCCCAGCCCGAUCAGGCACGUAUUGUCGGACUGAACUGCCAUCUCUUCCUGAAGGACAAGGGUGGUGUUCUGGUCUCCAUCAAGGCCAACUGUAUCGAUUCUACUGCCCCUGCCGAGGCCGUGUUCGUGAGUGAGGUCAAGAAGAUGAGGGAUGAGAGGAUCAAGCCCAGCGAACAGCUGACCCUGGAACCUUUCGAGCGUGACCAUUGUAUUGUGGUUGGAACCUACAUCCGCUCACAAUCGUAAAGGGUGCGAGAGUAAUUGACGAUGUUACACAUUCGAAACGGGACUUAGGUUGUGACAUCAUGACUGAACGUUUGGGUGGGUGGGUGCAAAGAACGAUGUAAUUGUACAUAAAGCCACCAGCUGGGUGAGAGUGGGGGCAGAGGUGAUUUUUCUUUCAUCAUUCGACAACAAUACCCGCUCCUUACUCAUACACGCAUUUGUUGGAGAUGUCUAUUCGUUGGCCGAUGAUCUGGAGUGGGAUGGGUGUUCUUUUUACUCUCUUGUCUGUUUAUGCGAUCUGUUACGUUUCUUCUACUGUUGUCUCAUGGGUAAAAUUUCAGAGUUAUGGCUUUCACAAGGUGUCACUCGCAAUCAAAAGUUCUGCAGCGUCCGAGCACGUUGACAAUAACCCUGGCGCCGUGACCAGUGUGUAUAGCCAUAGCCUACUCCAAAUAGGCUGCAUGCGAUUAACGAAGGAACAAAAA